GCACUUUCAUUGCAUGAAGGAGUCAGGCGAUUUCAAGGCAGAACAGAGUCUAGCUGGAUGCACUUCGCCCGACGAGCGCUUCUUCCGCUAACAACAAUGCCAGAAGUCGGAGUUUGAUAUUGCCAUAGGUAUCAAGCCGAGUGACCCAACAAACAAUGCUACAUCGGAGCAGAUACACAAAAUUUUGCCCAUGAGCGAAGAAUUUCUCGAAGCAAUUCGACUUCGUAAGGGCCUUCAUCCGUGGCCGUCCCUCAGCAUUCCCGAUGUUGCGUUUCCUUGCUUCAUUUUCGAGGCCAAAUCUGACUCAAGCGUCCUUUUUUUUGCCGAGAAUCAAGCGGCGGGCGGGGUCGCAAAAGCUCUGAAGAUACUGGAAGGGCUCGAACGAGAAUUUCAAGAGGUUGGCGGCACGCUCGAGCACCCCUUGCCUGUGAUCGCGGCUUGCACCCAAGGCGCGUUGUGGGAGGUCUUGCUCGGUUUCAGAAUAGGGCUGGAAGCCAAUCAUUGUGGCAUUCAUCUCGUGCAGCUUUGGCUCGGGCAAACGACAGAUAAGUGGGGGCUUCUUCAGCUUCAGAUCAUCCUCGCACAAAUCGUGCUUUGGAUCAGUCAUACAUAUCGCCCCAAGGUCGAGGAUAUGCUAGAGCGAAUACGGCAAUCUUUCCCGAUUCACGGCUGAGAUACACACUUAUGUUAUGAGUCUUCUCUUCAUUUAGAUUAAUGCUGUGUUGGCGAAGUUGCUACGAAGCCAAUCUUUAGAGAAUCUCAUGGACAUAUUACACUGGUCCUCCCGCCCUGCGCUUGAUAUCA